AUGUGUGCGAUAAGGAGGUCUGCUUUAGCCUCUAAAGAACCCCUAGGCCGUGAGGUUACUCUUCCCCCUCACUUCGCGACGAUUUAUCUCGAUAAUGAUGGCAAGCUUAGGACGUACGUAUCUCUGUCUGUUAACCCCGACGAUAUGUUUACUUCGGAAGUUCGCCAGAAUUUUCUCGGCGUCCAAUUCAGAAUUGGAGAUAGCCGAAAGGUUAUUGACUACUAUAAGGGCGCCCUCGAAAAAUUUCAGCAGCCCAACUGCCGCGUUAUCGUGAGGGCAUUUAUCAAAUUCAUCGAGCCGCACAAACAACGCGAACACCAAUAUAAUGGAGGCACUACCCGUGACCCCGAAAAGACUAAGCCCGAAUGGUGGCCCCGUACUAUACCUUAUAGGGAACCUUACUACCUAAAGGAGCGAGACCGUAUCAAAUUGCUACUUUACAUUAUGUGCGAGCUCGGUGAGCAUGGGAUUACUGCCGAUAAGCUGACGGAAGUUGCUCAAUCUACCAGCAAGAAGUUGAAACCUAAAGAUAGCGCCGAGAUAAUCUAUGAGAUUCUUCGAGUUCGAAAGUUAGAGGAACAAUAUGAGCGCGGUGAAGUUGAUAAAAAAACGCCCGUCCGCGUCAUAUACUGA